UCCAAACUCCAAUUUCACAUUUCUAAUCAACCUUAUUAAUUUAAUUAUUCAAACCCUCUACUAGUUUUAUAAAUAACCAACCUCCACUUUCCUCUCACCAACAAUCUCUUCAAAGUUGCAUAUUCUCACAUUGAUCAUUUCUUCUGUAAGAAAAAAAAAUGUGGCGGCUGAAGAUUGCGGAGGGCAAAGGCCCUUAUCUUUACAGCACAAACAACUUUGUCGGCCGGCAAAUUUGGGAGUACGACGAGAACGGCGGCACGGCGGAGGAGAGGGCGGCGCAGGCGGUGGAUUUCCAGAAGGCUCGUGAUGAUUGGAGUGAGAAUAGGAAGAAGGGAUUCCAUUCAUGUGGAGAUUUGUUCUUGAGAUUGCAGCUGAAGAGGGAGAGUGGGAUCGAUCUGCUGGGGAUUCCGCCGGUGAGGAUCGGGGAGGAUGAGGAGAUCAGCUACGAAGCUGCGACCACCGCGGUCAGGAAAGCGCUGCGGGUGAACCGGGCGGUCCAGGCCAGCGACGGCCAUUGGCCGGCCGAGAAUGCCGGACCGCUCUUCUUUACUCCCCCUCUGCUUAUAUCUUUGUACAUAAGUGGGACGUUGAACAAAGUGAUGACACCGGAACACAUCAAGGAGUUGAUUCGUUACAUCUACAACCAUCAGAAUGAGGAUGGGGGUUGGGGAUUUUACAUAGAAGGGCACAGUACUAUGAUUGGGUCGGCAUUGAGCUACGUGGCCCUGAGGAUAAUGGGGGAGGGACCGGAUGCCGGCAAUGGGGCCAUGGCUAGAGGAAGGAAAUGGAUCCUUGAUCAUGAAGGCGCUACAGGAAUCCCCUCUUGGGGAAAGACCUAUCUUUCGGUUCUAGGAGUUUACGAAUGGGACGGUUGCAACCCACUUCCCCCGGAGUUCUGGCUCUUCCCAUCCGUCUUCCCUUAUCAUCCCGCUAAGAUGUGGUGUUACUGCCGCACAACCUACAUGCCAAUGUCGUACUUGUACGCGAAACAGUUCCACGGACCCUUGACCGACGUCGUUCUAUCCCUCCGCAACGAGAUCCACCUAAAGCCUUACGACCAGAUCGACUGGAACAAGGCACGCCACCACUGCUGCAAAGAAGAUAUCUACUACCCUCACUCAUGGAUCCAAGAUGCUCUCUGGGACACCCUCAACUACUGCACCGAGCCAAUAAUGAGGCGAUGGCCGUUGAACAAGAUCCGGCACAAGGCCAUGGACAAGGCCAUCAAAUACAUGCGCUACGGAGCAGAGGAGAGCAGAUACAUCACCAUCGGAUGCGUUGAAAAAAGUCUACAGAUGAUGUGUUGGUUCGCGCACGACCCAAACUGCGACGAGUUCAAGUACCACCUAGCCAGAGUGCCAGACUACAUGUGGCUGGCGGAGGAUGGCAUGAAGAUGCAGAGCUUCGGAAGCCAGCUGUGGGACAGCACUCUCGCGACGCAAGCGAUCAUUGCUAGCGGGAUGGUGGAGGAGUACGGAGACUCUCUCAAAAAGGCGCAUUUCUACAUAAAGGAGUCUCAGGUGAAGGAGAAUCCCAAGGGGGAUUUCAUGGCGAUGUACCGCCACUUCACCAAAGGCUCGUGGACUUUCUCCGACCAAGAUCAGGGCUGGGUUGUCUCCGACUGCACAGCCGAAGCGCUCAAGUGCCUGCUAAUGCUGUCGCAGAUGCCGGAUGAAAUUGCCGGAGAGAAGGCUGAUGCUGAGAGAUUGUAUGAUGGUGUCAAUGUGCUUCUUUAUUUGCAGAGUCCUUUAAGUGGCGGAUUUGCGAUAUGGGAGCCUCCGGUUCCGCAGCCGUAUCUGCAGGUUUUGAACCCUUCGGAGCUCUUCGCAGACAUAGUGGUGGAAUCAGAGCAUGUGGAGAACACUGCUUGUAUAAUCCAAGCACUAAUCUCGUUCAAGCGUCUGUACCCGGGCCAUCGGGCCAAGGAGAUCGAAGCGUCUGUUGCGCAUGCAUUGAAGUUUUUGGAAGGGAGGCAAUGGCCUGAUGGUUCAUGGUAUGGCUACUGGGGAAUCUGCUUCUUGUACGGAACGUGCUUCGUCUUGGGAGGACUAGUCGCAGCAGGGAAGACGUACGAGAACAGUGAGGCAGUGCGGAAAGCUGUGAAUUUCUACUUGACAACGCAGAACGAAGAAGGCGGAUGGGGAGAAAGCCUCGAGUCCUGCCCAAGCAUGAAAUACAUUCCGUUGGAAGGAAACCGGACGAAUUUGGUUCAGACAUCAUGGGCGAUGCUCGGUCUAAUGUAUGCCGGGCAGGCUGAGAGGGAUCCGAAGCCACUGCAUAGAGCAGCAAAGCUGUUGAUUAAUGCACAGAUGGAGGAUGGAGAUUUUCCUCAAGAGGAUAUAACUGGGGUGUACAUGAAGAACUGUAUGCUGCAUUACGCGCAGUAUAGGAAUAUAUUCCCGUUGUGGGCGUUGGGAGAGUAUCGUAAACGAGUCUGGGCAUCGAAAUGCUAGUAAAUGUAGAUAAUCAGAUUAUAUUCAUAUUCAAAACCAGAGAUGUGUUUAUAGAUAUAUGUAUGUUGGUGUUUUUUGUGUUAAGAAUGGGUGAAAAAUCUGUGACAGAAACUACAGAAUAACAAUGUGAAAUAUAUCUGUGGGAAGCUGUGAUAAUAAAAUUGUUAUUCUUAUCUUUU